CGGUUGGCGAACCUGUCGUGAUGUCAUUGCUGGGAAAUAUGGCCGACUGAUCGCCAAGUCAUCUUUUGCCAAAUAAUUUCCACUUAUCUCAAGCUAAGAAAAAUGGAAAAUUUAUUUAGUAUGUGGAAAGUGCGAGAACUCGCAGACAAAGUCACAAAUGUUGUUAUGAAUUAUACCGAAAUUGAAGCAAAAGUCAGAGAGGCCACAAAUGACGAACCAUGGGGCCCUACAGGACAAAUCAUGCAAGAGUUGGCACACUCCACAUUCACUUAUGAACAUUUCCCUGAAGUAAUGUCAAUGUUGUGGAAAAGAAUGUUUCAGGACAAUAAACAACACUGGAGGCGAAUUUACAAGUCUCUGUUGGUACUGAAUUAUUUAGUAAAGAAUGGAUCUGAACGUGUCGUUACUUCAGCAAGAGAGCACAUUUAUGACCUUAGGUCUUUAGAAAAUUUUAGUUUUAUUGAUGAUUUGGGGAAAGACCAAGGGGUUAAUAUUAGACACAAAGUUAAGGAACUUAUAGACUUUAUCCAAGAUGACGACCGUUUGAGAGAAGAACGGAAAAAGGCCAAAAAGAAUAAAGAUAAAUACAUUGGAAUGAGUUCAGAUAUGAUGGGCAUGAGGCUAGGAAGUCAAGAGAGAUGGGACGACAAGCCCCGAGACUACGGCGACCGCGAUUGGGAGGAGCCGUCUUCCGGUGCAAGCCGAUACCGCGACCGGUCCUUUGAUGACGAAUAUGACAUUGAUAAGGAAGAUAGCGAUACAGAAUCGGCCCGUAAUCACACGAACCGUAAAUACAAAGAUAACGACCCAAGUCCCACCGAAAAACGCGUCAAUAUCAACAUAAACUCAGCCAUCACAAACUCUCCAAAAAAAUCCAUGAAACCGUUAAAAAAAGUCGAUCUGGGGGCAGCUGCGAAUUUUGGUCGCGAUGCUAGUCAAAGUCCUUUGCCACAAACAAACGAUUUAAUCGACGAUUUCAACCCUCGCGCUGACGAAGAGGAGAAAAAAUCGACGGAAUUCGGUGAUUUUGAGGCAGCUUUUGGAUCAAAUACGACGACGACGGCGACGCCGAAUUCCAACGACGAUUUUGCUGAUUUCAGUUCGGCCUUUUCACAGAAUAACACCGACGUGAAUUUGAUGAACCAAAAUCAGAAUUUAUUCAUGCCGAAUGUCAUUCCGCCCCCCAAUAUGGGAAUACAGCAGCCGACAGUGGGGCCGGGAAAUCUUAUGGGGGCGCAGACGAUGCCGGUGAUGGGAGUGAAACCACAGAAUAGUAAUGAUUUGUUGGGGGAUUUGUCGGGAUUCAGCGCCUUGAAUAUACAGCCUCAAGCAGGAUUCGGGAAUGUUCCGAAUAAUAAUCCAGGUCUCUUAGGGACAGCGCCGAGUCUAUUGGAUGGAGAUCCAGUUCAGGAAGUGUUGUGUGAUCGUGAUUCAGGAAAAAAUACAGUGGAAAAACAUUUACGAGAUGCUAGUGCCACCAUUAUGAGAAAUUUGAAUCGAAUCAAGAAAAUUUCGUCACAAAGUGAUAUCGACGUUAUCAUCAGCAGUCUUGAUAAAUUUUUACCACUAUUACCAACUCUAACGGUACAAAAAUUACUCAAAAUUGAUUCAACAGAUUUAAGCCACUUUGCUGAUCAAGAAUUUCGGUAUCUUCUAGAUACUUUAAUUGCUAAAUUUGAUCAGAAUUUUCCACUAAACGACGGACAGGUUUAUAAAGAAAUGAAAAAUUUAUUUUCAGUGGAAGAUUAUCAUUUCUUCAGAGUGACUUAUGAUGUCAUUAUAAAAAAUUUAAAAAACAAAGAUUUGAAAAUUGUGAAUUCACUCAGUAUUUUGGCUGAAAUAAGCCUGAAAAGUGAGGGUUGUUUCUCCCUAAUUUUACACAAUUUUUUCACAAAUGAAGAUCUGUGGCAAAACGACGUGAAAGUAUUAAUUACGUUCCCAAAUCGAAUUUCUAAUGCCCUUCAAGGCCAAUUCAACCGAUUUUUUAAACCCAACGAGUAUUCAAAAUUCUUGAUUUUCAACAUAAUCAAAGUGAUAGAAUUUUCAACCGACUUGUUACUCCAAGAACCAAAAUAUGAACAAAGUUUUUGUUACACGAAUUUGGCACUACUUUUAAGCAAAACUUUGAUUAAUUACAAUGAACAUUACAAUUCGUUUGCUAUUAAAAGUUUCGUCCAAAUUGCAAAUAUUCUAACUAACCAAAAGUCAGACAAACUUAAUUUAUAUCGAAAAAUAUUUUGGUAUUUAUUCGAAAAUUUGGAACGAAGCGCUGUGGAAAUCCUAGCUGUGACAAUUUUGCAAAAUUCUGACCCCUCAAUUUACACAAUUAAAAAUGUUCUGGCUCCUAAAUUAAUCCAAAGUGAUAAUUGGAAAUACAUUUUGUGUACAAAAAUUCCUCUGUUAUCACACUACGAUAACGACAACCUCAUAAAAAAUUUAAUAGUGUAUUUAAGUACCACUUCCGAGCAUAAUUUGUUUACACUAUUGGUAAAUUUAGUCACUGUUUGGGCCGACAAAUCAGCCCUAAAUCACACAAGUGUAGAACACCACUUGUAUUUAACAAAACUAAUCAUAGUUGCGAUAAAUAGUUUCAAAAAUAUUGGUCUCAGUGAGCAUCAAAGACAGAUUUUACAAUCAAAAAUGUACUCGGGGGUUCCUGUCCACUUGGAAAAUUCUACCACUUCUGUAAGGGCUAUGGGAAUGAAAGCUGCAGAAAUUGUUUUGAAUUUUAUCCAGACUGAGAAUGAGAAAAGCGAAAGUUUGCUAUUCGAAUUUGAAAAAAUGCCAAUUGAGGGAAAAGAAAUUGGGGGAAUUUUGCAAAAAUUAUAUGAUACUGAUAUGACGAUAUACUUCAAAAAUAAAGAUGUCGAAGAAAACAUUUACGCAUUGAUUUCAAGGCUGUUAGAGGUGGAAAAGUGUGUCGAAUAUGUGCCUCCAGUGAGACAAUUGAAGAAUCAAGAGGAACCCAAAAAUGUGUUUGUGGCUGAACCAAUCCACGAAAAAAAUAAUUUGCUCACGAUUAUUGACAGUACUGACUUUGAAUUGGAUUCAGAUGAUGAUUUGGAGCCCUACGACUUGUCAAAUGAUGUGAAAUUGUCGAAAAAGGAGCCCCCGAAAUAUUUGCGGGAUUUGAGAGACGGUCUAUUGGAGACGCAACAUUGUGACAUUUUUACUUUAAGUCUUGAAGUUUGUGAAGAUUUGAUAAUCAAACAAUUACCCGACGAUGAUGUCUCACUUGGGAUAGAAUUAUUACAAAUUUUGGUUGCACUAGACCAACGUUUUUACGUAGAAAAUUUUGAUUCGUUGGUAUUUAAAAGUUGUGUUGCUAUCACUUGCAUUUAUCCAUCACAGUGUGCUGAAUAUCUUUGCAAAGAAUUUCAUGCUGACAUUGGAACUUACUCGAUUUCCCACCGUAUUUUUCUACUCGAUGUUUUAAGUGAAGCUUCAAGGACUUUGUCAUCUCUCACACCGGAAAAACCGGAUGAAAAAAUUGCAAUCAAUCGAAAAAAGAAAAACUCAGAAUUGGAAAACGCUGAAAAAAUCAUUAAAAAACGUCUAGAGACCAAAACUCGUUACUUCCACAAACACAAACCUUUCCGAUUGGAAAAACUCAAUAAGUUUGCACACGUUGCCGGUCAUUUCUUUUUUCCUCUAUUGUACGGUUAUAACCGAAAUAAAAUGAUUUCGCAAAUUCCCCAAAAUGACAGUGAUUUUAUAUUGUUGAUUCAUUUUACUCGAACUCUGUCCGUAGUAAUUUGUGCGUCGCAGAAUUGUCUUAUUGAACCACGAAUGGCGAAAGAAGUGCUACAUUUUUCGUGGUAUUUGCGUUUUCACAAGGAAGUCAAAGUGAGGAUGGCUGUUAUUAGUUUGAUAGGAGCUGCUGUUCUAAAUACACCAAAAGAGAUUUUAGUUUCGGAUUUUAUCGAUGAAUUGUUUGAGUUUAGGCUCUGGUUGGGCGAUUUACUGAAUUUGAAUGUGACUCGUGGAGAGCCGAAUUUGGAGUGUAGGAGUUUAGCGGCUAGUACUAUGUGUAUUAUUGAUAGUUUUUUGAAAGUUGAUGAUGAAUAAAGGUUUUCUAAUUAAA